AUGAAAAUUCUAAGUUGGAACUGUCGGGAGCUUGGGAACCCCCGAACAAUUCAAAGUCUUGGCCUUCUAACCAAGGCAAAAGGUCCCGAGGUGGUGUUUUUAAUGGAAACAAAGUUAUGGUAUAAACGGGCUCACUUGGUGGCAAAGAAGCUUAAUUAUGAAGGGUGCCUUGUAGUUGAGGCUAUUGGUAGAAGUGGUGGGCUUCUUCUGUUAUGGAAGCAGGAUGUCAAAGUGGAAUUACUGAAUUAUUCCCAAAGACAUAUUAAUGUCUUUAUUACUGAUGAACCAGGUGGCUCUCGGUGGCUUCUUACUUGUUUUUAUGGUAAUCCUGAGGUUAGUCAGAGAAAGGGUAGUUUUGAAUUAUUGAAUUCUUUCAAACCUACUGAUAUGGGGUGCUGUGUCAUUGGGGACUAUAAUGAAAUUCUUACUAAUAAUGAAAAAGUUGGAGGAAGAGUAAGGAGUGAGGGUCAAAUGGACUUGUUUAGACAGGUUCUUGUUAAGGGUUCUCUUUUUGAUUUAGGAUGGAGAAGGGACAAGUUCACAUGGUCUAAUCGUCAUGAAAAUGAAUCUUUUACUAAAGAGAGGCUUGAUAGAGUGUUAGCUAAUCAACAAUGGAUGGAGGGUUUUGUCAAUUACCAGGUGGACAUUCUUCCUGCUAUUUGUUCAGACCAUAAGCCAGUUUUGCUUUCUUGCCUUUUUGCAAAUAGUGAACAAACAUUUGCACCUCGUAGCUUUAAAUAUGAAGCUACUUGGAGCCGAGAAGAAGGGUGCAGUAAUCUAGUAGCUACUGAAUGGCAGAAGCAGAUGGGGAGUGGGUCUAAGCUAGCUAGUGUACAAGCUAAGCUAGAAGCCUGCAGUAAGAAACUAAGGCAGUGGAGCAGGCAUAUUGACCAGGACAUAUUACAAGCAAUUAAGGAAAAGACAAGACUCAUUAAUCAGCUUCAAAGAGAUGAGGGACCUAGCAACAUGCAGAGUCAGAAACAAUUGCAAAUGGAGAUAGAAUUUCUGUUGGAACAAGAAGAUAAUAAAUGGAAACAAAGAGCUAAAAGGCAUUGGCUUGAGAAAGGAGAUAGGAAUACCAAGUUCUAUCAUGCGUGUGUUAAUCAAAGAAGGAAGAAAAAUACUAUCAAAUAG